AUUUUUGAUCAUCAUCUCAAUUAACUAUCUAUCUAUUUUAAGCUUUUAUUUUCCCUCUCACCGAUUGUAUUUUCAAUCAAUUUUAAUUACACUUGUGAUUUAGUUGAUUUGGAAUUUUUACAAUCAACUAAUUAACCUUUAAGUCCUUGAGUUAUUUUCACCUUUUUCUAAUUAUAUUUCACCAAAGUUUUCAAUUUACAAUUUGUUAGCAUUUAAACAUUAUAGCAAUUUACAGGAAAACAAACAAUCAAUAGAUUUGAUUAAUCUUAUCAUCGAUACGAGUUGACUAAUUACAACAAUUAAGUUAACAUAAUUUGCAUUUUCCUCCCCUUUAUUAUUUCCAACAGAUCUUCAAUCAAAAUUAUCAACAAUUGUAUUUAUUUUAUUAUAAUUUAAUCAUCUUAAUUGUAAUUGGUCAAAAUGGUAGCAAUUAACUAAAUCAAUAAUCCAUUUUGAUCAAACUGACAGAAGAAGCAAAAAAAUCCAAUUCACUAAAUUUGAAUACAUUAAUUGUUAUAUGACACAUCGAAAGGUUGACAACGAAAAAAAAAAUCUUAAUUGUAAUAAUUUAUAUCUUAAUCAAUUUGGUUCCAUUUAAACAAAAGCAGCUUUAAUUUUCUUUAAAUCAUUUAUAUAAUUAAUAGAAUCAUCUCUUUAUAAUUAAAUCUCACAAUUAAACUAAUGGAGAGAAAUCAUUUCUCUCUCUCUCUCUCUUUUUACAACAAUCAAUGUCUCUUAAUUAUUCAACGAUAUUAAUAACCAAAUUAACCUUUUUCCUUUCACAAUUAAAUAUCAACAUAGAUGAACCUAUGGACCUUUUUUUGGGUUUUCUGGUUUUCUGGUCACGAAAAACUGGUAAUUGUUUGGGUUUCGUUUGUUUUGAUUAGUAAAUUGAUCUUCACCAUGGAGAUAACAUCAAGUAAACUUGUUAACAAAAUCGACGCAAUUUCAUCAAGUGAAUACGAGCCUUUCCAAUAGCCUAGUUAAUUGUGUGAUUUAUUAGAUGGCCAUGUUGUUAAUUAUGAUUUAAUUGUUUGGAUUGGAAUCAUAAUUAUCUAAAAUAAUUGGGGUUUCACUUUUUUCCUUGUGUCAAUGCAAUCAUCAGAACAAUUAGAAAAUAAUAAUUCACCUUCCGAGGUUAUACCAAGUGAACUAGUUGCUUGCUCCAUUUGCAGUAGGAAAUUUUUACCCGAUAGAUUGGUGAAACACGUUGAAAUAUGUGAGAAGCAGAAACGUAGGAAAAGAAAUAUUUUCGAUUCUUCCAAACAACGAGCUCCGGUCGACGAAAAAGGUGAUCUACUUGUUCCAAGUUUAUCGAGUUCGAUUAAAAAUUCAAGUCCAUCUAAAUCGAAAGGAGGAAAAGGAAAUGGUUCAAAGAAGAUGAUUGAAAGUGACCCAGGUAUAGACGAUAAGUCAACUUCUAGAUCAUCGAAUUGGCGAGAUCAACAUGAACAGUUUAUCAGGACAAUUCGUGAAGCGAGAGGAGUUAAAAUGGAACCCGAACCAUUAGAAGAAGAUGGAAAGAAGAAAAUUCCCCCAGGCUAUGUGGAGUGUCCAUGUUGUUCCCGACGAUUUAGUAAAGCGGCCGGUGAUCGGCAUAUUCCAUGGUGUAAGGAACAAAAAUCUCGAAGCAUAAGAUCACCAAAGGUUAACAAUUUAAAUCAUCAAAAUGGUUCCAAGGGAACAGUUAAUAAGGUUAAAGGGAUUCGAAAAUAUCAUCCAGAAGGAUUGAGUAAAACGGAUAUUGAGAGUGAUUCAAAUGGUGGAGAUUUAAUCAUCCAAGGGGUCGGAUCAUCUCCAUCAUCAUCAUCAUCAACCACCGGCGAGAUUAAUAGUAAUGGUAAAUUGUUUUCUCCGCGAGUCAAGAAAAAAACGAUCGCCGGUGGGUCAAGGUAUCGAUCACCUCCUCGUAAAGAUAAUCAGAGUAACAGUAGUUUAGUGAACGGUGGUGGAGCCAAUGGAAUUAAUUCUAAUUCUAAUCAUGUUAAUCACAAUUAUUCGAACAGUAAUAAUACACCAAGUAGAGUGAAGACCCGGUGGAAAGCGGAAGAUGGUCAGAGUAAACAACAUCCGAAAACGCCGGUGAUGAAGUUUAAGGAGAAAUUUCCAAAUCAUGUUCGAUCGUCUCUCGAUUCGAUAACGACCAAAUUUCUGGCCAACACUGAAAAUCCAGCGGAAAUAUUGAGAAAACCGGAAAACUUUACUGGCCCAAUGAUACCGAAAACCGUUCCCGGUGUACGAACCAGAGGUUUAUCUCCCAUGAGAGGGGAAAAUGGUCAGUUAUCAAUGGAAUCUCAGGAUUUAAUUAGGAUGAAAGGAAAAGGAGAUUCUGGUGGUUCGUUUGCUGAUGAAAGACUUAAAUUGUUUGACCGAUUAAUCUUAAACAAUGGUAACGGUGCUGUCGAUGAAAAUAAUCGUAAUAGCACCUCAGGUAGCUCAGAAUCGGGCUCAUCUCGUCCAUCCCAUGAAUCAAUUGAUUCCUCGUCGGAAUUGAUUCUUCCUCGUUUCUGUCACCAAUGUGGAACCAAAUACUCAACACAAUCAGCUAAAUAUUGUCAUGAAUGUGGAUCAAGGAGGUUGGGAAGUGGUGGUCCCUUUUUGUUGCAACAUUAGUUACAUUGAUGAUUUCCCUUUCCUUUUUUAUUUUCAAUUCUUAUGUGAAUGAUUAGUUAAUUGUAUCAAACCUUUAGAACAAUUAGAAUAGAAACUAAUUCUUAAUAUCUAAGUUUCUCCUUUCAAUCAAUCAAUCAAUUUUUGAUUAUGUUUGCCCCUUGUUUAUUAAUUGAUUUCUUAAUCAAGUCCAAUAUAAAUUUGAAAUUGAUUCAAUGUGGACAAUCAAAUUAUCACCUUUGUAAUUGGGUUUUUAGGAUCAAUUCACUAAUUGGCUUAAUGGUCAACCAAAGGAUGGUUUCUUAAGUACUGGAUGACCUUUUGUCUUUGUCUAAAUCAGUUGAAUUUCAAUUUUACUUUAAUUGUAAUGAUUAAACAAAAUAUUGAUCCAAUUUACUAUUAAUAAAAACGUAAAACUGUUAAUCAGAUUUACACUUUUGUUUUCAACUAAAGUCGUCACGUAGAAAUCUAAUUCAAUAACAGAUAAAUACGUAGUUAAAUCAAUCCUGAAAUAACAAAUUAAUUCAGUUUAAAUUUCGUUGAUUAAACUGACAGGUGAAUCUAUUAUUUAAUAUCAACGAAUUGUCAACAUCUUGACGAGGUUAUAACUCAAUAUUGUUGAUUUAAAGACUCGAACGUCGAUUGUUGAACAUAUGUCGUUGAGAAUGUUGUCCAGCCAGUGGUCAGUGAGACUCUGGUGGGAAGUUAAAUGCCUCAGGCUGUUCAAGAGUUUCGUUGAACAGAAUUUCUUGUCGGGUUCCAUUCCGAUCGAGUGAAUGAAUUUGUCACAGAAUCGAGCGAAAAGAGCAAACCAGUUUUCUCUCAUCGCAACUCGAUGUUGGUCUUGUUAACGCCGGUCAACAUUCUGACACCCAAGGUAUUGUUUGGGGAAAAUUAUUGCCAAUCAUUUCAUGAGACACGAUUCAUUUUGGUCAUUUCCGUUUCCAUCUUUUACUUUGCACCUUCUAAUCAAAUCAUUUAAACUCUCAUCAAUUCCACUUCCUGUUUCCCUUUCAAAGACCACCAACCCUUCCGGUUUCAUUGAACUAUCAUAUAUCAACUAAUCAUAAUUGUUUCGAUGAUAUUUCAUAAUAUCAUCGAAAAUAAAAUGUUCAAAGUUUUAACUUGAAACAAAUCUCGAGUUACUUUCGAUAUAUCGAAAAGAGAAAUUCUCUUAAUCGAUAAUCGUUUCAAUGUUUUCUUUUUUUCUCUAACCUUGUCUUUAGAUUUUGAAUGUUUAUUUUUUUUCUCUUUAUUUAAUUGUAACAAUUAAUUAAUUUGGUCGAAAUUCUUUUUAUUUUUUGUGUAUUCUAUUCUCCAGUUUAACCAAUUAUCAUCAUAAUGCCUCUUAAAGCGGAGACCAGAAAAUUCUCUGAUGGAUGUGGACGAGUUUCUGGUCGAUUAACUCGCUGUAUGGAGGCUUUUGCUAAAGAUCCCGAAUCGGAGGCAAGAUGUUUCGAUUUCCUGGAAGAUAUGAGAAAAUGUUGUGCCGAUUAUGGUGCUGUUUCCACCGCGUGUAGGGGAUGGUUGGCAGAAAGACGUAAAAUUGAAGCUCCACAACUUAAUUUAGAAACGGUAGUCAAAUCAACUAUGAUCGACAAAUAUCAAGAUCGUCUCAAUUUCUCUCCAGCAGAAGCUUUUGCUGAUUCUCCAUUUUAAAUUGUCUUAAUUGUUCAAUUACAAUCGUUAGUUACAUACAUUAAUUAUAUCGUUAAACCUCAGAAAACCAAUAUAAUUAAAUGCCCGGAAUGAAACCUCUUAGGGUUUGAUUAUAUUCCCGGUAAGAAACGCUUUUAAUAAAAGUGUAAGAAUUAAUUUCUUGGAA